AUGGACCACAGAAAGAUGGAGCGCUUCUCCUCCAGCGUGAUUUUGAUCAUGGCCAUUUCCAAAGCCGUUGAACUGGAAUUAGUUGCUGGGUUGGGCUACCGUGAAUUUGCACUUCCCUCUCAGGGAGACAUGGCCUUAAGAGAUGACAGCAUUGGUCCCCAGGAAGAGCCUGCUGUUUGUCAUUGGCCUUUCCAGUCUGUGCUGUCCAUAGGAAUCCAGGACACUAAGGAGCUAAACAAAACCUACUGUCUGAGUCGGGGAACCGGCACGCUUUGGUCCUUCUGUGCUUGCCCUCCCUCCUCCUAUGGCUGGAACGGUGAGCAUGACUGGGGCAAAGAGAACCAUGAGUCUGUGUCCCAUGACCCCUGGUUGCCCAAGAAAUGUUCCAUGUGUAAAUGCUGGCAUGGCCAGCUUCACUGCUUUCCUCAGACAUUUCUACCAGGUCGUGAUGGCCACGUGAUGGAUGAGCACUUCUUGGUUUCCAGGGCUCCAGAAUUAACAUACUGUCUUCGCACCACUUUUUUGCUAGCUGGCAUCUGCCUUGCUCUGCAAAGUUACUAUUGA